AUUCUCAAAGAUUUCAAGGGUUUGCCGUAGAAAAGAGAGUAAAUGGGUGAGAAUCGAAUUUGAAGAUGGCGAGUGAAAGCCCUGAUGUUGUUGUUGUAGCUCCCGUGGUGGAGAAUGGCGGCGCUGAAUCCUCUAAUGGAAAAGAUGAACAAUUGGAAUCUGAGCUUUCGAAGAAGCUUGAGAUUGCAGAAGAUAGUAAAGAGGACAACGAUGAAGAAGAAGGAAGCAAAGCUGAGGCUUCAACGAAGAAGAAGAAGAAGAAAAAUAAAAGCAAGAAGAAGAAGGAACUCCCUCAACAGACUGAUCCACCUUCGAUUCCUGUCGUUGAGCUCUUCCCAUCUGGAGAGUUUCCUGAAGGUGAAAUCCAAGAGUAUAAGGAUGAUAAUCUGUGGAGAACAACAUCUGAAGAGAAGAGAGAGUUGGAGCGUUUGGAAAAGCCAAUAUAUAACUCUGUUCGCCAAGCUGCUGAAGUUCAUCGCCAGGUUCGUAAAUAUGUCAGAAGCAUAGUGAAGCCUGGAAUGUUGAUGACUGAUAUAUGUGAGACCCUAGAGAAUACUGUUCGUAAGUUGAUAUCAGAGAAUGGUCUUCAAGCUGGUAUUGCAUUCCCUACAGGAUGCUCUUUGAAUUGGGUCGCUGCUCAUUGGACACCAAACUCUGGAGAUAAGACUGUACUUCAGUAUGACGAUGUUAUGAAAUUGGAUUUUGGAACACAUAUUGAUGGGCAUAUUAUUGACUGUGCAUUUACAGUUGCGUUCAACCCUAUGUUUGAUCCUCUCUUAGCAGCCUCUCGUGAAGCUACGUAUACCGGUAUCAAGGAAGCUGGGAUCGAUGUCCGUCUCUGUGAUAUCGGUGCUGCUAUUCAAGAGGUCAUGGAGUCUCAUGAGGUUGAAAUCAACGGAAAGGUCUUCCAAGUUAAAAGUAUCCGAAACUUGAAUGGGCAUAGCAUUGGUCCCUAUCAGAUACAUGCUGGGAAAUCUGUUCCUAUCGUUAAAGGAGGCGAGCAAACAAAGAUGGAAGAGGGCGAGUUUUAUGCCAUCGAAACAUUUGGAUCAACCGGGAAAGGAUAUGUGAGAGAAGACUUAGAAUGUAGCCAUUACAUGAAGAACUUUGACGCUGGGCACGUCCCCUUGAGGUUGCCUAGAGCAAAACAACUCCUUGCAACCAUUAACAAGAAUUUCUCGACUCUCGCCUUCUGCAGACGCUAUUUGGACCGCAUUGGUGAAACCAAAUACUUAAUGGCUCUAAAGAAUCUAUGUGAUUCUGGCAUUGUUCAGCCAUAUCCUCCUCUGUGUGAUGUGAAGGGAAGCUACGUAUCACAGUUUGAACACACCAUUUUACUGCGACCUACUUGCAAAGAGGUUCUUUCCAAGGGAGACGACUACUGAUUCAGAUCCUCUGUUUUCUCUCUAUUUGCUUUAUUAUCCCAUACUGUUGUCGAGAUUGUACACUUGCUUGUUUCAUUUGUCGUCGUUAACACAAGCUUUGAAUCCUUUUAUAAAAAGCUUCAAUGCCUCUGUUAAAAAACACUUAUGUAUUUUGCCUUGAACAUGAAUUUGCUCAUCAAUCUUACUAGAAGUUGAUUGGUAAAGCUUCUUGCUUUGGAUAAAUUCUUUACCUUAGC